AAAACAAAUGCAAAGUAGAAAAUACAGCUGUUGUUAAAAAUGUUUUAAAAACUCGUGAAAAACAUAACCUUUAAAAUAUACAGGGUUUAAAUUCUCCUGGAGUUGAAUUAAUCACAAGUUUUAAGUUUUUCCUUUCCAACAAGCCUGCAUCAGCACCAGAGCAACCAAGGCUGGCACGCUCAUAAAAGAAACUCCACUGGGUGACCCAGUUUAAUUACAGCAGGUUGCUUCUGGAGCGGCUCAGUAUUCACAGUGCACGUAAAUGCACGUCUUCCAGCGAGUACACAGAAAACAUCCAUUUCUUUGUGUUUCCUUCCCUUCCUCUUGUUGGAUGUGAGAUGAGCAAAGGGAAGCAUGAGACAAGCCAGCUGUAAGUUUGUGGAGCUUCAUGUGCUGUAUGUGCCAGGAGAUCAGUGGAAUGUGAAACUCAAUAAAGUCCCAGUGGAAGCCACGGAGAGUUUCAUAUCAGCUGGAUUCAUCAGGGCUCAUCCCGACAUCACGUUAAAAACUCUGAGGAGUCAACUAGGAGCUCUUUUUGGCAGCGAGACAAGCAUCAAGAAAUACUUCUUCCUGAGAUGUGUGGGUCGUAGUUUGGCAUUGGUCAAAAGCAGACAGGAGGAGGACCUGAAAGUGAAAACAUUCGCUCCUCCUUAUGCUGCUCAGCCGGAGCUCUAUCUGCUGUCCGCCGAGGAGACAGACAGCAGUUUCUGCUCCCAGUCCUUCGCCACGGACACCAGCAGCAGCUCCCCAGAGCAGCAGAUCUGUUUCCGCCCUCCCAAGACGUGCGGCGUGCCAACAGGGACAAAGGAGCCCGUUAGGUUCCCUCACAUCCCCCAGUGUUCCCAGCAGCCACCUCCUCCCUCCGGGCUGGAAGAGGAGGGGGAGGACGGGGAGGAGGAGGAUCAGAGCUGCAGCUCUUCAGAGGGAGAGAACGAAGCUCUGUGCUCCAUCAGAAGAGAAGAGGGGAAGUCUCACAAUCCGAGACUGCUGCAGCUUAUGUCACUGAAAAAAGUUUUAGACGGAUGCGAAGCUGAUUCAGCUCAGGAGGAACUCUGCAAAAACACAAAACAUGACAGAAUGGGGCCUUCAGGAGCAGAGAGGGACUCAUGUUUCUCCCUCACAGACAGAAAAUCCAAAGAUGCACACACACUGACAUCGCUCAGGAGCAAACAAACAGCUGUGGUGUCAGAAAGUCAGUCUGUCUUCUCACGACCUGCUUGUUGUACGACCCCACCUCCAGGUUUAGACCUGGCAUCUGUCGCCAAGAGAACAACCGCUUCUCUGGUCUUUCCUGCAAACAAAGAGACGCUAAUCCAGGAACUCCAACUGGUGAAGGAAGAGAGGAAGCAGCUAGAAUGGACGAGACAACAGCUCCUGAGAAAAGGGAAAGACUUGUUGGCCCAGAACAGACAUCGCAGGAACCAAGCACGUGACAGCUGGAAAAAGAAGUACUUUGAAACCAAAAAGGCCACAGCACCGCUGGAGGACAAACUGAGACACGUCAAACAAGAACUGGAUACUUUUUACAGCAAAGUCCUGCACCAGCUCCACGCCAGGGAGAGCAGAGGGAAACCGAGGAAGGCUUUGGAAAAGAAUGAGAUCAUCAUUCAGAUUAUGAAGGCGAACUGUGAGAUCGACAACCUGAGGAGGAAAGUAGAAGAUGCCAAAAUGAAGCUACUAACAGAAAUGAAGCUGAGGAAGCAGGCUGCUACAGAGCUGAGAGCCCUGAGGGCCGAGCUGACUCAGAAAAGGAGCCAAUCGUCUCAUCCAGAACUGAUGGGAAACACGACACGAGACAAACUCAAAGUUUCAUCUACAGUGUGAUGACUGUUCUGACAUUAGAAAAUAAAUGUGACAAACUUUAUGUAAAA